AACAAUACUUAAUAAGCUGAUAUUGAUAAGAUUUUGAAAGAACAAUCCCAUAAAGAGAAACUAGACUUAAAUAUCAACUCACAGGAAUUGAACCAAACUUCCACCUCAUAGAUUUCAAAAACAACAAUGGAAUCUCAACAAUCCCAUAACCAACUUCAUGUAACUUUUCUUCCAUAUCCAACUCCAGGCCAUAUGAUUCCUAUGAUAGACACAGCAAGACUAUUUGCCAAACAUGGUGUUAAUGUUACAAUCAUUGCUACUCAUGCCAAUGCUUCCACAUUCCAAAAAUCCAUAGACAGUGACUUCAAUUCAGGAUACUCCAUCAAAACUCAACUUAUUCCCUUCCCUUCAGCUCAAGUUGGUCUUCCAGAUGGUGUUGAAAACAUCAAAGAUGGAACUUCACUUGAAAUGCUUGGUAAAAUCAGCAGUGGAAUAUUGAUGCUCCAAGAUCCUAUCGAGAAUCUGUUUCACGAUCUUCGACCAGAUUGUAUAGUUACUGAUCAGAUGUAUGCUUGGACCGUCGAAGCAGCUGCAAAACUAGGUAUUCCAAGAAUUCACUAUUACAGCUCAAGCUACUUCUCCAACUGUGUUUUCCAUUUUAUCAUGAAGUAUAGACCUCAUAAUAAUUUAGUUUCUGAUACGCAGAAAUUUACGGUUCCUGGUUUGCCUCAUACCAUUGAGAUGACUCCUCUGCAGCUUCCUGAUUGGUUAAGAACAAAGAAUUCUGUCACUGCCUAUUUUGAACCAAUGUUUGAAUCAGAGAAAAGAAGUUAUGGAACACUAUACAAUAGUUUUCAUGAACUGGAAAGUGAUUAUGUAAAACUUGGUAAGACUACAUUGGGGAUCAAAUCUUGGUGUGUAGGACCAGUUUCAGCUAGGGCUAACAAGGAUGAUGAAAAAAAGGCCAGUAGGGGGCACGUAGAGGAGAUCGGAAAAGAGGAAGAGUGGCUAAAUUGGCUUAACUCAAAGCAAAAUGAGUCUGUAUUGUAUGUAAGUUUUGGAAGUCUAACUAGGCUUGAAAAUGAUCAGAUUGUAGAAAUCGCACACGGUCUUGAAAAUUCAGGUCAUAAUUUUAUCUGGGUUGUAAGGAAAAAUGAGAGAGAUGAGAGUGAAAACAGUUUUCUACAAGAUUUUGAGGCAAGGAUGAAAGAAAGCAAAAAGGGAUAUAUCAUAUGGAAUUGGGCACCGCAACUUCUGAUAUUGGAUCACCCUGCAACAGGAGGGAUUGUGACUCACUGUGGUUGGAACUCAAUUCUCGAAAGCUUGAAUUCGGGUUUGCCAAUGAUCACAUGGCCAAUUUUUGCUGAGCAGUUUUACAAUGAAAAGUUGCUCGUCGAUGUUUUGAAGAUAGGGGUCGGAGUAGGAGCAAAAGUAAACAAGUUAUGGAAUAGCCCUAGUGAAGGGAUAGUGGUGAAAAGGGGAGAGAUAGUGAAGGCUGUGGAGAUUUUGAUGGGAAGUGGCCAAGAGAGCAAAGAAAUGAGGAUGAGAGCAAAGAAGCUUGGUGAUGCUGCAAAGAGGACUAUAGAGGAGGGUGGACACUCUCACAACAACUUGAUUCUGUUGAUUGAUGAGCUGAAAUCAUUGAAGAAAUCUAAGUCACUUGGUGAGAAAGCAGAUUAGAUAAUUCAAAUGAAGGAGUAAUGUUUGAUGUUUCAGUAGGUGUAGUUGAUGAAGGCUUUCAGCUUUUUUCCAGCUUUUCUUUUUGUACUGAUAUGAUUUUAAAGGAAGUUAGUUUUUAGUUUUACUAAGCAUUUUUCAUAUUAAGCUAAGAAAAGAUGUGAUGAUGGUUCCAUUAAUCCAAUAAAUCAAGACUAUAUGAGUCAGUAAUUGCUUCUGUUAUCCACAUUAGGAGACAAUUAAUUGAAAUUUGAAUGUGAUGCUCACGAUUCUAGUUCA